AGGGAGAAAAACUAUACUACCUAAACUUCAGGAAAGUCAGUCCACUGUACAGAAUAUAGGUAAAAUGUCUACGUCAACGACUUGGCCUCUUUACCGCUCUCACGUUGGACAAACUGUUACCGCUAAUAGACCUUCCCGAACCUUUGGGAGUGCAGUUCAAAUGCAGAAGAUAACACGAACUACUGCAAACGGCGUUGUACCAAAGAAGCGACCUAUUAGCAUCUUCGUUGAAGUACAGACAAUAAUUACUGAAGCAAAAUAUCUACUAGAUAUAUCAUCUGCGCCAUCUGCUUUGCCUGUACCUUUGUCAUUUCGUCCCACGAUCCCGACCCCUUCACUGAUAUUUCAUGCGGUGCGCAAUACUUCCUGUCCAGAAACUUCACCAGUUUGCUGCGAUCAUCAUGACAGCCUCAUUUAUCAUGUCGACAGUACGGGCUUACUACGUGGACCUAGUUUUGUAUUCUUCGACCAAAGGUUGUCAGCAGUGGUUACGAGGGCAGAUCGCGAAGUGAUCAUGUCAACGAAUGUUCCUGCUGCUGGCCAAUGUGGAGCACUUGAGCGACAAGAACGUACCACCAUUUUGGUUAAAAAUUUGAAUCAUGCCAAUCGAACAGAUGUUGAACAUGUUAUCGCGCAACAAUCUCUCAUUUAUCCUAAUGGAACCUUGGUGCACAUGAAGUUAUCGAAGUUCUUUACGUUUCACGGAAGGGAUUGUUUGAUUACAGUCUUUGGCAUCAACGAAACUGGCAAAACAUCUAGCGAGCUGCAAAUUUCCGAAUACCAUCCUUCAGGUUCCAUUUCGGUGCUGGCAUCAUGGUCGAUGCCAGGCAUUACAGCCAUUGAUGUCUUGUCAACUUCUACGACAGUAUUUUUGGCCGUUGCUCGAAACGGGGUAACUGGCACAACACCCAGGACAUCGCGAAUCUAUCGUCUAAAAGCUAUGGAAUCUGUUAACCAGAAGAUAAGGCUAGAUGGAACACUUCUCGUUAUCCCAAAAGGCAAGAAUGACUCAAGCCAACCGGCGCGGGAUUUUGCACUCGAUCAAAGCGACGUGUAA